ACUAAACUGUGUUACAUUCCUAUUGAGCCAAAGUCUCCAUACCAAACAAACUUGUUUAAACUUCAUAAAAAUGGCUGUACCUGAUCGUCGAGGCGGCGGCGCCAGCAGUCUUCCCAACAUCAAAUCUUUUGCCAUUCAAAUUAUCACUAGUCCAUGGUUCAUCUUCUUCGGCUCACUCCUCACUUCAUCCGCUGCCGGUGCCAGUCACAUGUUCAGUCUCUACUCCGGCGACAUCAAGAACUCCCUAGGGUACGACCAGUCCACCCUCAACCUUCUCAGUUUCUUCAAGGACCUCAAUACUGGCGUCCUUGCCGGAUUAAUAGCCGAGGUAACCCCUCUUUCGUUCGUUCUCUUCCUUGGUGUCGUGUCAAACUUCUUUGGCUACUUCAUGAUAUGGCUAGCCGUUACGAAAAGAAUCGCUCGACCAGCUGUCUGGCAAAUGUGUCUUUACGUUUUCAUCGGUUCUAAUUCUCAGACGUUCCCCGACACCGUAAGUUUAGUGACGAACGUAAAGAAUUUUCCGCAGAGUCGCGGCGUUAUUUUGGGUAUUCUCAAGGGUUAUCUCGGCCUCAGUGCCGCGAUAAUAACACAAUUGUACCAAGCUAUUUACGGGGAUGAUUCCAAGGGAUUGAUUCUGCUGAUAGGCUGGCUUCCGGCCGCGAUAUCGUUGGUUUUUAUUCGAACCAUCCGGAUCAUGAAGGUGACCCCUCACUCCAACGAGUUGAAGGUGUUUUACAAGUUCCUUUACAUUUCUCUCGGUCUGGCGGCGUUCUUGAUGAUUAUAAUCAUUGUGGAGAAUAAGGUGACUUUCACUCAGGGAGAAUACUGUGGCAGCGCCACCAUGGUCCUUAUUUUGCUGUUUUUACCGAUUGCGGUUGUGGUUGCGGAGGAAUUGAACGUUUGGAAGGCAAAACAAGCUAUUUUUGAGUAUCCUUCUCUUGUGAAAGUUAUCACCGAGGAGCCAACCCAAGAAGCCUUUCCUUAAUCUAUUUCCCAAGCCAAGAAUGCCUUUUUUUUUUUCAUUUGAUAUUGGAUUCCACUUUUGCCCUCAUAACUUUGCUUCUCCAUUUCACCUGUUAUGGGGAGCAUGUUAGUCAUUUUGUGACCUCUUGUUGUUGUGCCUUCCUAUCUUUGUUUCUCCAUUCACAUAUUGGGGUGGUUUGUAGGUCAUUUCAACACAAAGGCAGGUUCUUCUUUUUCGCUCGUGUUUUGGCAAUGCUUUGGUUGAUCGAUUUCCAUUUUCGUGUUUGAUUUAGUCUUCUAAGACUAAUCUUUGGUUGUUGAUUCUGAUUAAAGAGGAAAAUAGCCU